AUGCGGCUGUACGGCCUCAUCGGGGACUCUAGUCUCUAUUGUAAAGGCAGGAAAGGACCCAAGCGGAUCGGGUCCCAACUGCAAGAGCAGUUGGAGACCGAUGAUCUCUGGCACUACGCGAUCGCCAACGCGGGCGUCCACACCAUCCUGCAGAGGUUGAGGGACACACCCUUGACCUUCGAGACCCUCGGCAUCUCCUACUUUGGGAACGACGUCACGGAAGGGAGGAUCCGCCCGGAGGUUCGAGCUGCCUGGUUUGAGCUGAUGGACCUGGUGGAGGAGAAGGCCCAGCGCGUGGUCUUCGUUGUGGGGGGCAGCUCCAAGAGGUAUGCCAAGCAUCAUGGCCUCACUGCGCAGUACGAUGAGAACCUUGCGCAAGUGAGGACAUGGCUUGGCCAUCGCGGUCACCUCGUGCAUACCUUCGAGAAGCAGCUUUGGAGCUGGGGGUUGGCUCGCGACGGCAUGCAUUGGGAUGCCGAUGUGGCGGAGGAGUUGAGCGCCACAUGGGCGGAUCUGCUCAGCCCACCCUGUCGCUUGGCCAUGCCACAUGAGGUUGUAUGA